AUGCCUCAACCCCAAAGAGAAGAGACCACACCUCAAAUAUUAUCUCCUUUGCACACAGCAAUGCCUCUACGCCCAGGAGAUAAGACUACUCACCAAGCUUCAUCGCCUUUUAGUAUAGCAACACCUCUCCUCCCAAGAAAUGGAACUUCUUCAAGUGCCAGUGGAAAGUUUGGCCGAUUUCAAGGGAUGAAAAAGUUGGAGAAACAGCUGCAAACUGUGACAGGGCCUGUACAGUCACACACAUCACCAUCCCGCCGUUCUGAAUGGAGCUCAUACCUAUUUCUUCUCAAUGAGCCAUGA